AUGGCUCCUUCUCUUCUUUUCUUGGUUCUGAUUAAUGCUUCUGUGGCUAUGGCUAAUGCUCAAACAUCUGGCUCAGCUGAUCUCCAACAUCCUGCAGCAAUAAGGAAACUUGGGAAGCACCAGAUAGUGAAGACCAUUGACAAUGCACCAUCUUCAAGUCCAUCCCGAGCGCCCCACUCGGCGGAUCACACGGCAGCCACUACCGGACCAAACGAUGGUGAAAACGUGAGCGUUGGAGGAGAAGGAGAAGUUAUUCACCUGCAAAAGGCUCAUCGUUCGGUGGAUAAAUCUGUGGCAGGGGGUGGCGUGAUCCUUGGAGGCCUUGCCACGACUUUCUUGGUGGCGGUUUUUUGCUAUAUAAAAGCCACUGGAAGACACGAAUCAGAGACUCAUCAAAGCGAUAAUGAUGAAACCAGUAGUUGA